AACYUGCCUGAUUGCUGCGUGCUGCUGGUCUCUUUUCUCGUGGGGUGAAGCAAGUAAAGCAGACGCACAUUGCGUGCUGCUGCAGAGAUUUUGCAAACAUGGUACUCCUACAUGUGUUGUUCGAGCAUGCGGCGGGCUAUGCGCUGUUCGCCGUCAGAGAGGUGGAGGAGAUCGGCAUGCUGCUGCCUCAGGUGGAGGAGAGCGUGCAGAGCAUCGGCAAGUUCAACAGCAUGGUGAGCCUGGCAGCCUUCUUCCCCUUCAAGUCGGCUCAGGCUGCCCUGGAGAACAUGAACGCCAUUUCUGAAGGUGUGGUUCACGCCGAUCUCAAGUUGUUCUUGGAGACGAAUGUCCCCCAGUCUGGGAAGAAGAAAGCRGUCUUGGGGGUUUCUGACGCCAAGAUCGGAGCUGCUCUUCAAGAAGAAUUUAACAUGUCUAUACAGACCGGUGGGGUUGUUGCUGAAAUUAUACGAGGUAUACGUCUGCACUUUCAUUCACUGGUGAAGGGUCUGACUGCCCAGGCGGCCUCCAAGGCCCAGCUGGGUCUCGGUCACAGCUACUCAAGAGCCAAAGUCAAGUUUAACGUCAACAGGGCCGACAACAUGAUCAUCCAGUCCAUUGCUCUGUUGGAUCAGCUCGACAAAGACAUCAACACUUUCUCUAUGCGUGUCCGUGAGUGGUACGGCUACCACUUUCCAGAGCUGAUCAAAAUUGUGCCAGAAAACUCCAUGUACUGUCGAGUGGCUCAGCUGAUUGGCAACAGGAAGGARCUGUCUGAGGAGAAUCUGGAAAGCUUGGAGGAAAUAGUCAUGGACGGUGCCAAGGCUCAGGCCAUUCUGGAUGCAUCUCGUUCCUCUAUGGGUAUGGAUAUCUCUCCCAUUGACCUGAUCAACAUAGAGAGGUUCUCAAAUCGUGUCGUCUCUCUGGCCUCCUAUCGGCUGGAGCUACAAGAAUACCUGCGCUCUAAGAUGAGYCAGGUGGCGCCCAACCUGGCGGCCUUAAUUGGAGAAGUGGUUGGGGCUCGUCUGAUCUCCCAUGCUGGCAGCUUAACCAACCUGGCCAAGUACCCAGCAUCCACGGUUCAGAUUCUGGGAGCAGAAAAGGCCCUGUUCAGAGCCCUGAAGACGCGAGGCAACACCCCUAAGUACGGCCUCAUCUUCCACUCGACCUUUAUCGGACGUGCGGCUGCCAAGAACAAAGGGCGCAUCUCCAGAUACCUGGCGAACAAGUGCACCAUCGCCUCCCGUAUUGACUGUUUUUCAGAGGUACCAACAAGCGUAUUUGGUGACAAGCUUCGUGAGCAAGUGGAGGAGCGUUUAACUUUCUACGAGACUGGCGACGUGCCCCGGAAAAAUUUGGACGUCAUGAAGGAGGCCGUGAAAGAGGCUUCUGAUGUUACAGCAGAGAUCAAACGUAAACUGGAGAAAAAGGAGAAGAAACGCAAAAAGCGUGACAAGAAGUCACUGGAGCUUCAGUCAAACGGGGAAACGAAUGGUGAAGCUGAGGUGGACAAUGAAGCUGAGGCACCUGCAGUGAAGAAGAAGAAAAAGAAACGAGCAGCUGAGGAGGAAGAGGAGGACAACGAAGUGGAGGAAACUCCAGCCAAGAAGAAAAAGAAACAAAAGACUGAAACAAUAGAUCCGGAGGAAAGCCCCGAACCAGCUGUGUCUGAGAAGAAGAAGAAAAA